AGAGGAGGCGAAGAGCAGCUGCAGAUUUUCUGGACAUUUUUGUGUCAAACUUUCAAAUAAAACCAUGCAACUUCAUUUUACUAAAGAUGUUUUACCGGACAGUGUCAGCAGCGACUUCCAGACUCUCAACAAACUCAACGAGCAGCAAUUCAUGCGUCUGAUUGAGAUUCUGUUCCAGUUUCUCCUGGAGCCCAAAGAGACAGAGCGGUUCAUGCAGCAGUUGACCGAGUUCGCAGGAGAACACGGGAUGAGCGCCGGGCCCCUCAAGAACCUCAUGAAGAGCGUGCUCCUGGUGCCACAAGGGGCAAUGAAGAGGAACCUGUCAGCUGAACAGAUCCGAGAAGACCUGGUAACUUUAGGUUUAAAUGAAGAAAAGGCUGUUCAGUUUUCACAACAGUGGGGGGAGCACUCGGCUGCUCUGUCCAGACUGGCAGUGAGACAGACUCUGAUGGUGAACCAGCUCGUGGACAUGGAGUGGAAGUUUGGAGUGACGGUUGGGACGAGUGAAAUGCACAAAGUCGGGAACAUUUUUCUGCAGCUGAAGUUGGUGAUUCGAAAAGGAAACGCGACAGAAAACGUCUACAUGGAGCUGACACUUCCUCAGUUUUAUAACUUCCUCCACGAGCUGGAGCGAGCCAAGGCCAGUAUGGACUGUUUCACAUGAGCCCCACUGCACAACACGGACUGUAUAUAUGUUUUUGUCCUUUCAUUUGUACAUUUUGUCCUCUGUUUGAUUAAAUAUUAAUGCUGAUAGUGACACGGCAGAGAGCAAAGAUCUGGUAAAAAGUAGUGUUCCAUUUAGAAAUUCUGGUAUGAAGCUCAGUGCUCUGGUCCAACAAACAAAAAACAUAAAUUUUUCCCAUAAACUUACAAGAAAAGUUGAAAUAUUAAGAGUUUAAAGGCACGUCAGCCAGCUAUGGUUUAACUCAUGGCAGUAGGGCAGUCGUCCUCUAUAGGCGAGUUUCAGCUGACGUCAUUGUUAUUAAAAGUCCGCGUUGCUGCUGGGAAAUAUUUUGGUCGGAGGCAAGAAACACGGUAGCGUCAAACACAGUGCGUAACCUCGCGUAUUUAUCCCCGAUAAUGGUAAAUUCCUGCUGCAUUAUCGGAUGCACAAAUAGAAGCACGGAAGAAGGAAAAUGUCUUUUUCGUAUUCUGAGUGAAAAGAACCGCUAACGGUGAAUUAAACGACUUUCAAACAUCCGCAGAGCAAACGUAGAAGAUCCUAACAAACCGUGGACUCCAACAAGUUCAACAACACAUCGAGACUCUUGGAGGUUUUCAUCUUUUCUGCUGUGAAUGGCCCAGGAGUUUCCACCAAGUCAUUGUGGAUAUCGCCCAAGUGAAUAUUUGUCCAGGUAGUUGGAGAUUCUGACCAGAAAUUUGGUUUUGUCGGGGUUGAAAAGGGUGAUUUGGCUCCAUCGAUGCUUAUGACCAAUUUCUGGUCAAAUGGUCUUGGGUCCUCUGCCGUUAGAGUGGAUAAAUAACCGGGAUCAAUACCCUUUACGUGUUUUCUCGCUCCAUCCGUCAUGUUCAAUUAGUGUUUCUUGCCGCCGAACAAAAUAAUUCCCAGCAUGCAACGCGCGCUUUUGUCAACAAUGAAACUCACCUAUACAAAAAGCACAUUUAAAACCCCAAAUUUGAUGCCAAAUGCCAAUGGUGAUGUCAAUAUUUACCACUAGGGAUGUAACAAUAAUCGAAAUAUUGUGAUAUCGUACCGUCAAAAGUCUCACAAUAACAUCGAAUCUCAAGUGUCUCUGCUUCAAUAAAUUUUUUUGGUUUGUUUUCGUAUUUUUAAAUGUAUUUAUUAUUGAGAAAUCCAAGGGGAUCAAUCAUACUUAAUAUAGAUAAGGAAAGAAUUAGUAAUAAAAUGUAAUUAAAUUAAAUUAAAAUAAUAAUAAUACAAAAAUAAAAUCAUACAAAUAAAAUACAAAAAUAAUACAAUAAAAAUAAAAAUUAAAUAAAAUUAGAGAAACAUUAAAUAAAACACAAAUAAAAAACUAAACCGGUAUAAGCAACUCAAAAUGGUCUUUAAAAUGUUUGCAUUAACCCGCUCUACAUGAUCCUGGUGUUUUAUUGUGCUUUUUUUAAUUUUUUUUUAAUUCCUAUUCCAAAUCCGUUCAUAUCCUAGCCUCAGUGAGUUUCAUGGAAAUUGAAAAAUCAUGGAAUUUUGUAAAUUCAAUGAAAGUUUUGGAAAAGUCAUGGAAUUUCACAUAACUCCAGCGUUCUGUUAAGUUCUCACGAGGCUGUUCGGAUUAUUUCUGAACGUCUGCACCUUUUGUUUAAAAGAGACGACAGGAUUUUGAAUGUUAAAAAACUAUAAUCCCAAACCAUAAGGUGAGUAGAAAGAGUUCACAUUUCAGAUUUAGCCCUAAAAGUCUGAUCAGUUCUACACAUGUAGGUGCUGUGAAGUCUUGGAAAAUUCACUUCAGGUCAUGAAAAAGUCAUGGAAAAGUGUUUAAAUUUUGUCAGUGAAAAAGAGUGGGAACCUCACACUCUUAAUCUUGUAAUAUUUUUUUUUUCUGGGAAGUCUGUUGGAAAAAUGAAUGUUAUAUUUUCUUCUGUAACUUGUGACUGUUGAGUUCUGUUUGCAUGACUCACAUUUGUCAGGUUCACACACAAAUCACCUCAUCUCACCAUCACCACAGUGUGUUUUUCUACAGAAGAGCGAGUGGUUGAGACUCGCUGCUUCAUGUUUGCAGCUCAGAGAAAUUCUUUCUGAAUCCGUGUGUCAUUCAUUCAUUGGUUUUUCAAUAUAAAACCAAAAAUAAGAAAAUGAAAAAAAAACAACUAUUUUCUUCAUUAUUUGUCUCCAAAACCAAAAUUAAAAAAACAGAUAAUGAUUUGUUUAUUCAGUUUUUUUAUUUUGUGUUUAGAUGAAAAAUGGAAAAAAUGAAUAACGGACGUUUACGCGACUUAAACUGUGAGAACCAGGACUGAACCAGGACUGAACCAGGACUGAACCAGGACUGAACCAGGACUGAACCAGGACUGAACCAGGACUGAACCAGGACUGAACCAGGACUGAACCAGGACUGAACCAGGACUGAACCAGGACUGAACCAGGACUGACUGAACCAGGACUGAACCAGGACUGACUGAACCAGGACUGACUGAACCAGGACUGAACCAGGACUGAACCAGGACUGAACCAGGACUGAACCAGGACUGAACCAUUUUCAGUCCUGGUCUGGUCCCGGUCUCAGUCAGUCCCAGUCUUGGUCCUAGUCUAGUCCCUGUCUGGUCUGGUCCCAGUCCGGUCCCGGUCUGGUCCCAGUCCCAGUCUAGGUCCCAGUUCGGUCCCAGUCCCAGUCUCAGCCCCGGUCUCAAUCGCGGUCUGGUCCUGGUCUGGUCCCCUGGUCCCGACCUCAGUCCUGGUCUCAGUCCAAGUCUGGUCUCAGUCUUAGUCCCAGUCUGGUCUGGUCCCAGUCUCGGCCCCGGUCCCAGUCUCAGCCUUGGUCUCAGUCUCGGUCUGGCCCCGGUCUCAAUCCCGGCCUCAGUCCUGGUCAUGUUACCUGGUUUCAGUCCCGGCCUCAAUCCUGGUCCGGUCCCAACCUUAGUCCUGGUCUCAGUUCUGGUCUGGUCCCGGUCUGGUCCUGGUCUCAAUCCUGGUCUCAGUCCUGGUCUCAAAAAUAAUGAAUCAUUACCCGUUUUUUAAAUUUUGGUUUUGGAGAUAAAUAAUGAAGAAAAUAUUUGUUUUUUCGUUUUCUUAUUUUUGGUUUUAUUUUGAAAAACUAAUGAAUGAGUAAUACAUGGAUUUUUCAGUUUUAUCUCUUUAAUGCUUUUUUUUUGUUCAGCCUUUGGAGUGAAAACAGAAUCUUGACCAACUUCACUCCAGAGACUCAGGACUUUGUUGAUUUUGCAUAAUUUCCUGUGCAAUAAUUUCCAUAAAAAUAAUCACAUCUUCUUCAUUUCUUAAUUAUCUCAGAUUGUAUUUUCAUUUGGAUUAAAUUUACUGUCUGGUGCACUUAGACUUUAUUGAUCUGCAAGAAUAUAAAUUGUAAUAAAUUCUAAAUAGGGAUCAAACAUGGCAAAAGAUUCAAAGGUUUAAGUUGAAGUGAGUUUUCAUAAAAUUUGCGUCAACUGUUCCAAUAUUUCAUUGUGUUUCUUAAAGGUUGUAUGGAGGAUUUUUUUGUUUCAAGUUGUCAACGAUAGAUUAUAGAUGCAGUAGCCUUGUAAUUAUGAUGACCAAAAAAAAAGAGAAUAAAAAUUCAUCAACUCUGGACGUGGUGGGGCUAAACAUUUGCCAAUAGAUAACGACACUGCCUCGUUAUCUGUGAGCUGACAGGCUGUCAAUCAAACUCCCUACGUUUCUAGUGUAACUGACUUGCCUGCGCCGCCGGUACGUGGUUUACGUACGACUGUCACGCAGUCCACAGACGCAAGACGCACAGACACUGUUUACAGUUCUGAGCGGCUUUUUUUGACCUAUAUCUUCCUCGCAGUUCGCACAAACUUUGUUGCAAUGGCGACAAGAAUCCAGGAGCAGUUCGCCGCAAAAGAAAGUCUGUUUUUGAGGUCGCUGAAAGAAGAAGACAAGGGGAAAAGCAGCGAAGCCAAACUAAGGUGAUUCUUGGAGAUUCAUUCCAGCGAUGGCGCGACUGAAGCAGACGCAGGGUCUAAAGACUGAACCACUGGUCCACAAAUUACUCCUGGACAGGAAACUUCUGCUUAUUAUGAAAACGUACUUUAUUUCCAAGAGCGAGACAAACGUUUUUCAGGACACGAAAGUGAUAUCUUAUGUCUGAAAACGUAAUUUUCAAGGCAAAGAAAGAGUCCGCUUGCUGCUGCGUGUUGUAGUUAGUUCAUUCGCACGAAAUCUCCGCGCACUCUUCUCUGCACCCCUUUCCUGCUCCUCUCCCUGCUGCCCGAUCCACUCUUCUCCCCGCUCCUCACUUCUCCGUCUUGCCUAACCAACACUGUAGUUAGUUGUUUACAAGUCAUGUGCAGCGCACCGGCUGUAAACAAACCUGUUUAUGGCGUAAGGAGGAGGAGGGAGGAGGCGUUUCUACGUAGGGAGCUGGAUUUCUCGUUCCUUGGAAAAUCCUCUAUACAACCUUUAAUAGAGUUUCACAGCUGUUGUAUAUAGACCAACUUAUGUCACUUAUUUUUCAUUAAUUUUUACAUUUAUUCAUAAUUUUGUACAGACUAUUUUACUACUAAUAACAAUAAAAACAUUUAAUAUA